AUGCCUCGUCGUAACAGCAACGCACCACACAUACCCGUGGUGGCCACCAUCGACAUCGGCACAACCUCCGCCAGAGCCAUCAUCUUCUCCCAGGAAGGCGAGGAGAUCGCCAAGCACCAGAUCGAAUACUCCACCACCGCGUCGGAAACUCCAGCAGAGUCGCAAAACACCGACCAGUUCAGAAGAAGAUCCUCUCUUUUGAGGCACAACGAGCCCAUCUUCACUGCUGAAGGUAUCGCCAUUUCCAUAACCGAUGACGUGGAGAUCGAAAACAACUCGGCUUCGGCUGGACCCACUCUUCGCUUUCCCCAGCCUGGCUGGGUCGAGUGUAUGCCUGUGCACAUUUUGGCCAACGCCGUGCAGUGUUUGACGGCGUGCUUGAUCACCUUGCGCAAGAUCAACCAGAAUCCAGCUCUUUCUCUCAAGUACAAGGUCAAGGCCAUUGGGAUCGCCAACAUGCGUGAAACCACCAUCGUGUGGCUGCGUAAGACAGGCAAGCCGUUGUCCAACGGUAUCACCUGGACGGAUACCAGAACGUCUGAGAUCGUCCAGCACUUGGAGAAGAUGAUCGACGACGACCGCAAGGAGGAGUUAAAGCAAAAAACCGGUUUGCCGUUGUCAACCUAUUUUCUGGCAGCCAAAUUGCGGUGGCUUUUGGACAACGACGACGUGAUCCGUGAAGAGUACGAGAAGGGCGACGGCAACUUGAUGUUUGGAACCGUGGACACCUGGUUGAUCUACCACUUGACCAAGGAGAAGACGUUCGUAUCGGACGUGACCAACGCAUCACGUACCUACUUCAUGGACCUCGAAACCCGCGACUACGACGACGACUUGUUGGACUUCUGGGGAAUCGAUCCAACCAGGAUCCGCUUGCCCAAGAUCGUGUCGCUGUCGGAGUUCUACGGCUCAUUUGCCGCCCCCAACUUGUCUCAGUUGGGAUUCCACAACCGUAUCACCCAGGAGGCCUACGACAUCUUGAAAGCCAUCACAGGUGUGCCUAUCUGCGGCUGCUUGGGUGACCAGUCGGCCUCGCUCGUGGGCCAGUUGGCUGUCAAGCCAGGUCUGGCCAAGUGCACGUACGGAACAGGCUGCUUUCUCUUAUACAACACAGGCACCCGUAAGUUGAUUUCGGAGCAUGGCACACUUACCACGCUAGGCUACUGGUUUCCCACUCUCGAAGGCGAGGAUGGACUUCCCCACUAUGCGUUGGAAGGUUCAAUUGCCGUGGCAGGUUCCAUCAUCCAGUGGUUGAGAGACAACUUGAAGUUGAUCGAAAACGCAAAGGAUAUCGGGCCAUUGGCGUCUCAGGUGCCCAACUCGGGAGGUGUGGUUUUCAUCCCAGCGUUUUCGGGGUUGUAUGCCCCUUACUGGGACGGUGGUGCCAGAGGAACCAUUUUUGGAAUGACUCAAUACACCUCGUCUAGUCACAUCGCCAGAGCAGCGUUGGAGGGGGUCUGUUUCCAGGUCAGAGCGAUCUUGCGGGCCAUGGCCAACGAUGCAGGCGCAUCAGAGGACUUCUUGGAGGAGGCAUUAACCAACCAGAACGAAAAGAAGCCGUUGCUGGCAUUGGCAGUGGACGGAGGUAUGUCCAAGGCCGACGAGGUGUUGCAGAUACAGGCCGACAUUUUGGGGCCCUGCGUGACCGUGCAGAGGGCAGUAAUUUCCGAGUGUACUGCGUUGGGUGCAGCCAUUGCUGCUGGGUUGUCAUUCAAGGACCCCCAGGACAGAGUGUGGAAGGACUUCGACGACGUGAUCGCCAAGGUCCACGACACCAAGGCCGAGGACAGAAACUCGUUUGUGGCUCAGUUGGCCGACAAGGACAGAAGAGCACGCUGGAAGAGGUGGGAAAAUGCCGUGGAUAGAGCCAAGGGCUGGUUGGACGAGGAGUAA